AUGACAGACUCCAGCCAAGCCCAGGCCGUUGAUAAGAAUGUCGAAGAAGUCGGAAGCAGAUAUUUCCUUCCACGGAACUUGGAGGAAGCUGAGCGGAUGCAAAACCAGCACGAGUGGCUGAAAGGAGGUGCCAAUGGAUUGAUCCUGGCACCAAUUGACUUGAACCGUUCGGGUUUACGAGUUCUCGACGCCGCCACAGCAGAUGGUUAUUGGAUGCAGGAUGUCAAGUCUAUUUUCCCCAAAGAUGCAGAGUUUGUUGGCUUUGACAACGCUCCCGAAGGAUAUCCGCCUCUCAAGGACAGCUCUCAAUUCCAGAUUGUGAAGCAAAACCUGGUUGAAGAGUUUCCUGCCGAGUGGAAAGACAGUUUCGACCUCGUCCACCAACGAUUCGUCAUCCCGUUGUUUAAAACCGAAGAAGUUCCACUCGUACUUCGCAACCUGAUACGCUGCGUGAAGCCGGGAGGUUGGAUUCAACUCGUUGAAAUGGACUUCCAGACUCCGGUUUCCAAGCCCAUCGAGUCAUGCCCGGCUGUCCAGGCGGUCCAUAAAUUGACCAGUACGGUGGUUUCAGACCCACUCGCUUCAACAAAGCUUGCGGGUCGAUUGAAUGACGAAGGACUCGUGAAUGUGGGAUACAAGGCAAUUGAAAUGGUUGCUGGCUCCUCAAAUUCCGAUCCCGAACUCGGAGCGCGAGGAAAACGCAACAUGUUGUCGGUUCUGGGAUUCUUCCAAUCGGUGGCCAAGCCUGAGAUGAUUGGAAUGACUGAAGAAGAAUGGAAGACUUUGCCCGAGCGGUUUGCCAAGGAGAUGGACGAACAUCACGUCGCCCUUAAUGUGUAUUUCGUUUGGGGCCAAAAGCCUGAAGCUAGAUAA